AUGACAGUUCGAAAACUUAUUCUUCUUGCCCUUCUCUGGGCGCACUGUCUGGCCAACAUCAACAUGUUCAUCAGUAAGGAGGAAAUGAACCGAACCUUAGGUACACUGAUGGAUAAAUUCUCAAAAAAACCCUUAAUAUUUAAUUUCAGGUGUGAAAGCAGAGCUGAAUUAUAUCGAAAUGGGUAGCAUCAACACUUACUCCACCAAAUUCCACUACAGGGUAAUGGCUAAUAUUGACUACGUCUCAUUCACUUGGAACGCCGUCGGACAGGUAGCCUUUAAAGUCAGAGCAGUGAAUGAUAAAUCUGAAAUUAAGGUGGAAUAUGAUGUUCGUGUGGAGGCGGAUGACUCUUCUGUUCUUCCGAUCGUUCGAAUUCCGUUGAAAGGAAAAGUGCCGGCUUCUCUUCAAGGUCAACAGUCGAUCUUCAAGUCAUCACAACUCUUAUUCAUACCCUUUCAGAAUUCAGUGUAGAGUACAGAUGUGCAGGUCAUCGAUCCGGACAAUUCACAGUCAGUCUAUAUUUCAAUUUCUACUACGACGGAAAGACGGUGCCCGUCAAAUUGCGACAAGAGAAGAUCUGUGCAUCGCGAGACGGACGCCGCGGCCUGAAUGGUAAGCGCCGGUUCCCAUGGUAUGGCGGGUCUCACCAUGACAGAUGCGCAUGUUACCUCUGUCCUCCGGUGACAGACUCCAAAACAUUUUUGCGAAGCGAAGACGGGAAGGCAUCCGAAUGAUUGAAUGACACGCGCUCUAUAGUGCAGCUGUUUGAUUGUCACAGGAGCGGCGGAAGACGAAAAUAAAUGAGUUUGAAUUGAAAUAAAGAGAGUGGGUCCUUCGGGUCGGAAAGAGAGACCGCUUUGGAAAUGGAAUUAUUCUCAUGCGCGGACUGAAUUUCAAUUCCAAUCAAAUGGUGGUCAAAUUAAAGGGGAAAAGUCGGAACAAGCAUUCAGUUGAAUUCUUUCUUUUAGGGGGAUACGAAGGAAAUGAAAUCGACGAAACAGACUCGAUUGACAAGGCGUUUUUUGUUAUCAUCUGCAUCGCCGCAGCAUUUCUGCUCAUUGUGGCAGCCACGUUGAUCUGCUACUUCAAACGUUCCAAAAAAGAAGACAUGAUUCCAACUCGCCUACCGUUAGUUUCAGCACCUCCUACAAAUCAGAUUUUUUUAAAUUUAGAACCUCAUUCCGAAACUCCUUGAAAUCAACCAAAAGUGCACAACCGUUCCUCCUAAGCACUCCUAGAGAUGGUAACCAUUCUCGUUUGUUAUUUUGUGUAGACCAGAUUAUUUUUGCAGGACCGCCUACGCUCUCCGCAGUGUCAAGCGCACCAUGUUCUUCGGCAUCCGGAAACUCAAUAAUCCCGGACAAGCCGAGAAAUGUGAGUUUUGUGAAAAGUGACAAGCUGACGAAGUUUCUGAGCUGGUUGUAGGUUGACGUGCGACGUGCAUUGUUACAACUUUACCAAGACCGCGAUGCUUUCCAACCGCUUCCCUAUUCCGACAUGGAGGGUAAGAAACACUCAAAGAGACUUUUUCGAAUGGAGAAAAGAUUUUAGGUACUUUCGGAGAAGUCAGAUAUGCCAUUUGGCGCCAGGCCGAUGACACUCUUAACGGAGAUGUGGAUGAUGAAGAAGAUGCGUUUUGCAACCAGGAAGCGGUCUACACAAAGACGCUAAAGAAAAAUGCGUCGUCGGUUCAGCUGGAUCGUUUCCUGUCGGACGCGCUUCUCUUCUACAACAUCACGCCUCAUACGAACUUGUCUCAAGUGGCAUGUGUUGCUUCUUUCGGCAGAUUCGAUCGCCCCGAGACGGUCACGGAUUUCCCAUUAGUUUGCUACAGACACCAAGGUUUUGGAAACUUGAAGAAGUUUUUGACUAACUGCAGACAUGGAGAUAAAACUAAAGGUACAAGCCAAAACUGAUAUGAAAAUUGACCUGAAUUGCUUCAGGAGCUCAAACUCUGCGCACACAUCAACUGGUUGCUUUGGCCACUCAACUUUCCUCCGCUGUUGCCCAUCUCCACAAAUAUCGUAUCAUCCACAACGACAUUGCCGCCAGAAACUGCCUGAUUGCUGAAGUGAAUGGCCGUCUGCAAGUUCAGCUCUGUGACUCUGCCCUGUCCCGUGAUCUCUUCCCGGCCGACUAUCACUGUUUGGGUGACAAUGAGAACAGACCGCUGAAAUGGAUGUCUCCGGAAGCGAUCGCAAGUGGAUUGUACUCUUCUGCAGCGGAUGUAGUAAGUCUAACGACCUUCGUUGGCUAAAUAGGUCGUUUUUGUGUUUAGUGGUCCUUCGGAGUGCUCAUGUGGGAGCUGAUGUCACUCGGAGGUAAUCCAUUGGCCGAGGUCGACCCAGAAGAUGUGUACACUAUGAUCUUGAAGGGAGCACGUCUCCAUCAGCCAAACAACUGCCCAGACCAAUUGUAUGACUCAGCAUUUCUUCGUAUUCAUAGGAAUCUGGUUUCAGGUACAAAGUGAUGCUCUGCUGCUGGCGCAUUCUCAGUGAGGAACGUCCGAGCAGUGAACAAGUUCUCCACGGACUCCGUGACUUCAACAUUCAACUCAGCCAGUACAUCUAA